AUGGCGAACCCCAAUUUCACAAACCGCCAUGAAAUACUUGGGGUCGGAGAUAACACCCCUACAUCCAACCAAACAUCUCUACAACCCCAAGAUAUAACUCACAACACGCUAGGAUCAGGCUCAGCGUCACACGCAGACAUAGGCACCCGUGACUUUGUCCACAACCCAGGCACUGCUGCCUCGUCAUCAUGCCGCAGCCCGGCUCAUGAGGCAAAGGCCAAUACUGCUGGGGCAACCGAGAUGGGCGACCCAAAUGGCCGCAUCCCAACAGCCCAGGACACCCACGACGAGCUGAACGCUGCCCAAAGCGAUCUGGCCACUACUAAGCAGGACGAGCUGCCAGGUAGGCGUUCUGGCAUUGGCCAAAGUGCACCUGGUGCCCACUUGGAAGACACAGCCGCUAGCGUUUCGACAUCACAGCGUGGCCAUCGAAACAGCAACUACGCCCCUGGCUACGAGGGUGCUGCCGACGCAGUCAGGCACAAAUCCUACAACGCCGACGAGCAUCGUCCGUCUCUGCUGGCUCACGAGCCUGUCACUCCCGCGACAGAGGUGCCUCCCGACCUGGGCAACGACGGUCAUAACACACCUUCCACUAGUGGGCCUGGGAUGAUUCCUGGCCCAAGCCUUGGACAAAAGGCCAAGGCUCCUUUUGCUAAGAUUCAUGGUGCUGGAGAGGUACUUCGGGGCAACCUCGCCGCCGCAGCCGACAGCUUCACGGGAGAUACGGCCAAGCAGGCUAAGAACGAGGAUAUCAAGAGGGAACCCGGUCCUGAUCUUGAUCGAAGCUUGGCGCAAAAGGUCGUGGGCUUCUUUGCUUGGGCACACGGUGCUGGUGAGGUCAUCCGCGGCAAAUUCAACGCUAGCAUCGCAACUCUUGCUGGAGAUGAGUCGACCCAGAAGAUCGAGGAGGAAACGGCGGAAAGGGGCAGGAGGGAGAUGCUUAACCAAGAAUUCGAGCCAGUGCCCCCUUCUUUGCCUCCGAGGACUGGAUGA